UCUAUAUCUCGCUUUCAGCCUCCGAGUCCCUUUCCUUACAGAGCAGUUCCUCCCCCCUUCCCCCCUCUACAUCUUUUGUCACUUUCCCCACGCUCCGCCAGUCCUUUCGGCGGACAAAAUCACCGUUUCUUCCUCCGCCUUCCCUCUCCUCCCCUAUCAAAAACUCAAAAACAUCAAAAAAAUUUAGAGCAAAAUACUAGCAAAAAAAAAAGAGUGUAUCCUUGUUAGUCAUUUUAUCGAACACUUGCUGCGCGCUUUUAUCGCGUUUUAUUUUGUUUAAGCUCCGUUUGGUUUCGCAUAUACAGAUCGAUUUAGGGUUUGGUGUUUUGUUUUAUUAGAAUAAAAAGAGGAGAGGGAAGAAAAAUUGAAAAAAAAAAUUAAAUAGGAGUUUUUCCAAGAGAAAAAGAAGGGAAGAAAUGGCACAGGUUCAGGUUCCGGUUCAGGCUCAGGGUGUGAACGGCGGAGCAAACGCGCAGUUCGUGACGACGUCGCUCUAUGUUGGGGAUCUGGAGGCGAACGUGACCGAUUCUCACCUGUACGACCUGUUUAAUCAAAUCGGGCAAGUAGUUUCAGUUCGGGUUUGCAGGGACUUGACUACCCGACGAUCGCUCGGUUAUGGCUAUGUUAAUUAUAGCAAUCCUCAAGAUGCUGCAAGGGCAAUGGACAUGCUGAAUUUCACACCUCUCAAUGGAAGCCCCAUUAGGAUCAUGUAUUCUCAUCGUGACCCUAGCAUUCGCAAAAGUGGGUCAGGAAACAUAUUUAUCAAGAAUUUAGACAAGGCGAUUGAUCACAAAGCAUUGCAUGAUACUUUCUCGGCAUUUGGGAACAUCCUAUCUUGUAAGGUGGCCACGGAUUCCUCUGGCCAGUCAAAGGGCUAUGGGUUUGUGCAGUUUGACAAUGAGGAAUCUGCCCAAAGGGCUAUAGAGAAGUUGAAUGGUAUGUUGUUGAAUGAUAAGCAGGUGUUUGUUGGACCUUUUCUUCGCAAACAGGAAAGAGAGAGUGCCAUUGACAAGACAAAAUUUAACAAUGUCUUUGUAAAGAAUCUCUCGGAAGCAACAACAGAGGAUGAUUUAAAGAAAAUUUUUGGUGAAUUUGGAACUAUCACGAGUAUUGUUGUGAUGAGGGAUGGAGAUGGAAAAUCAAAGUGCUUUGGAUUUGUCAACUUUGAGAAUGUAGAUGAUGCUGCUAGAGCUGUGGAUGCCCUUAAUGGAAAUAAAUUUGAUGACAAGGAGUGGUAUGUUGGGAAAGCCCAGAAGAAAUCUGAAAGGGAAAAUGAAUUAAAACUUCGAUUUGAACAGAGUAUGAAGGAGGCAGCUGAUAAGUUUCAAGGGGCCAAUUUGUACAUUAAAAAUCUAGAUGAUAGCAUAGGUGAUGAUAAUCUUAGGGAGCUCUUUUCUCCAUUUGGUACAAUCACAUCAUGCAAGGUUAUGCGAGAUCCUAAUGGAAUAAGCAGAGGUUCAGGAUUUGUUGCAUUCUCUACUCCAGAUGAGGCGUCUAGAGCUCUGAUGGAGAUGAAUGGCAAAAUGGUUGCUAGCAAGCCUUUAUAUGUUGCACUUGCACAAAGGAAGGAAGAUAGAAGAGCCAGGUUGCAGGCUCAAUUUUCUCAAAUGAGGCCAGUUGCAAUAGCACCUUCAGUUGCUCCUCGUGUGCCAAUGUACCCCCCUGGUGGUCCAGGACUCGGACAACAGAUAUUCUAUGGACAAGCCCCGCCUGCUAUGAUGCCUCCUCAGCCUGGAUUUGGAUAUCAGCAGCAGCUUGUACCUGGCAUGAGGCCUGGUGCUGCUCCAAUGCCAAAUUUUUUCAUGCCAAUGGUCCAGCAGGGGCAGCAGGGACAGCGUCCUGGUGGUCGACGGGCUGGAGCUGCUCAGCAAUCACAGCAGCCAGUGCCACUCAUGCAGCAGCAGAUGCUUCCAAGGGGGCGUGUCUAUCGCUACCCUCCUGGGCGUGCAUUGCCUGAUGUUCCAAUGACUGGUGUUCCUGGAGGGAUGCUUUCUGUUCCAUAUGACAUGGGUGGUAUGCCAUUGCGUGAUACAGCUUUGUCUCAGCCAAUUCCAAUCGGUGCUUUGGCUAGUGCACUUGCAAAUGCUACUCCAGAGCAUCAAAGGACGUUGCUGGGUGAGAAUCUUUACCCUCUGGUAGAACAGCUGGAGCCUGAUGCAGCAGCUAAGGUGACAGGCAUGCUUCUAGAGAUGGACCAGACUGAAGUUCUGCACUUGCUCGAGUCACCAGAAGCUCUUAAAGCAAAGGUUGCUGAGGCGAUGGAGGUUUUGAGGAGUGUUCAGCAGCAGCAGGCUGGUGGCGCAGCUGAUCAAUUAGCCUCGUUGUCAUUGAAUGACAAUCUUGUUUCGUAGGUUGAGUAUGAGCCUAGGCUUUGAGGUGCAGAUUUGGAAUUAUCGUGUGUUCCGAUACAUUUUAGAAUGAUCUUCAUAGGGACAAAGGAAUUGGUUUUGGUUGACUCAGAUUUUUUAAGAGUUGUUUUGAAGGUUGUUACAUUUAUACUUCCAACUGCUUUAAUUAUGCGAGUGAUGAGCACUUGUGUUUCUUA